AUGAGUCAGCCUGUGCACGUUGUUUGGGAUUGCAGAGUCAAAAGCAAGAAGCCAUUAGAAAUAUGGAAACAGAUCUUAGAAAAAACGGGAGGAAAUCGUCCUACAUCUCUUCUUGUUUUACAGCCACCAAAUACAGAUCUUCCACAGCCACUUUGCACAAUCAUGAGAAUGUGCUUAUCGAAAAUGUUUGUUGGUGAGGAUGCACUUCAAUUUUGUUACGUCGAACUUUGCUGCUUAUUAAGUAAUCAACCAAAUUCAGCUUUUGUAAUUGUUUCAGAUGAUGUACCACAUUUUGCUCGCGCAUUUAGAGUUGCUCAACCAGCAAGCGCAAUCUUCUUUACGCAACAGAAAUUACAAUGGCCACUUUCAGAAGCAAGCUGGGCGGCCCCACUUCAAUUUAUUGCUCCAGGUAGAUCUAAGUAA